AUGGCAUCAUCCGGAUCCCAACACACCAUAACCUUCAAGCAGGCAAAUACAGUUCCGCCGCUAUUUCUAGCCGGUUCCUUCGCUGAAUCAAAUUGGAAGCCCCAAGAGAUGAAUGCCAGUCGGGAUGAAGAUGGAGAAUAUACGUUCACCAGGACAGUGAACGUAAUUCCCGACCACGAGUACCAGUACAACAUCAAGUCCGGGGAGCAAGGACCAUGGAUUUAUGAUAAGAAUCAAGCUCUCGGGCUGCCUCUGAGGCAAGCUGGGGCAAUUGCAGAUGCUCGGUCUUCUACACCCAUCAGGAUAGUUGCCGAAACCGCUGCGGAAGUGGCAGACACGGCAGAACAACUAGACAAGGACUCUGAACAGACGACAUCUGACUACACAUGGGUCAAAGAAGAGCCAUUAAGAAUGCCCCUUUUCGCCCACGAAAGCUUUGGGGCUUAUGAGUUCCUCGCAGAUGAUGCACUUGAUCAUGAUGAUACCCCAAGCCCACAGCGGCCGCGGAAGGAGUCGAAGGACUACUCAUUGGAUGAAGUAGAUAUUAAUGACCCAACAAUCGAAUCAUUUCCCUCGGAUCGAUCUUCUGUCAUGGACGCCCUUCGCAAGAUCCGAUCGAGCGUUGACAGCCAACCGAUUUCCAUCGAAACUUCAUCCCCAAUCGCGAUGGAGCACGGUGACGAUUUUGCGAUAAGCGGCUCCUUGUCCCCUAAGAGCCCAGCGUCGUCUGCUCUACGAGAAGGCCGACUCUCGCAUAGCAGUUAUGGGAACAAACGAUCUACUGCGUCUUUGACUUCGAUCGCAGAAGAAGAUUCCAAGCCGAUCCAGGCUUCGAAUCUAGGCUCGAAGUCAGGAAAACCGAGGACUACACGGACAAGCUUUGGCGAGGUCUUCGAACUCUCACAAACACCACCGAGCGACGACGAUAAAGGGAUAGUUAUGAAACAGAAAAAAAAGAAGCCGAUUCAUCGGGGCCAGCCGAUCUCCAACAGCAAUGCCAUUAUCCCGAGACAUGUGGACGUCGAGAUCGAGUCCAACCUGGGGACACUCCUCGGCCAAGACCAGAGACUAAAUAACGGAGAGCUCAAGGGCAUGCAUAGGAUGUCGUUUCUCGGUCUCCUUAGCAUGGUUUUGGGGUCUUUGUGGUGGAAGUAUGCGGGCAAGCCAAAGGACACUCCAGAGGCAUAUGAACGGUUCGUGUCCUUGAGGCAGCCGUCGAAGCCUCGUCCGUCGCGCAUGGUUCUCUCAAAUCAAGUCUACCGACCGCCUACCGGAGGCAAGAGCUCCAGGCCGAGGCGACAAGUUGAAGGUCCUUUUGGUGCAAUGAACAGAACCGUCGCCAACAUCGACCCGACCCGCCGAGCCCCACGAUCUCGAACGGCCAGCUCAACAGAGGGGAAGAAGAACGACGGACCGAGAGAUGAGCGCAAGGCACUCAAGAUGCAGCGCGCCCUCGCAUCGGUGUCUUACACAAAGAGAAUGUCCCUCAAGGACCGCAUGGGAGACUACGAUUCAUUCGACCAGUUCGACCUUCUCCCCAAAAUCAAGGAAUCUCUGUACGAUGAGCUGUUCAAAGGUCUUUUCGAUAUUAAGCCGACACCUGUGCAGAGACUGGCUCUGCCGGCCAUAAUGGGUCAACCAGCACCGGGCCAGCCACAAAAGAAGAGUUCAGAGAUGGAAUCGUUCCUACUUGCCGCCGAGACUGGUUCAGGGAAGACCUUGGCUUACCUGCUGCCUGCGAUUGACGCUCUGAAACGAGCCGAAGCAGAGGAUCCGGAUAUCAAGGCAUACAAUGAGCGAUACGCGGCUGAAAAGGAAUACCAAAGGUCUGCGAAUUUCAAGGGAAAGCCCUUCGACGAGCCCCAUCCUACCAUGGCUCGGCCAAAGGUUGUCAUCUUAGUACCAACCGCAGAGCUAGCGCAGCAAGUCAUGAAUGUGUCCAAGAAGAUUUCGCACGUUGUCAAGUUCAAGACGGAGAUGCUCUCUUCGGAUCUCAGGCCUCAGCAGAUCCAGCGCAAUCUGUACGGCCCCAAGGGAUUGGACGUUAUCGUUUCAACACCCCAUCUCCUUGCGUCCAUCGCCGACUCUGAUCCCAACAUUCUGUCACGGGUAACUCACCUUAUUGUGGACGAGGCCGACUCACUCCUAGAUCGCAGCUUUUCUCCUGUCACUACCAGUAUUAUUGAGCGUGCCAUGCCCUCGCUGCAAAAGUUUGUUUGCUGUUCAGCUACCAUCCCACGAAAGUUGAACAACUACCUGGCAACGACCUAUCCCAAGAUGCACCGCAUAACAACCCCGAAUCUGCAUGCCAUUCCCAGACGUGUGCAGCUCGGUGUGAUCGAUGUCUCGAGAGACCCAUACCGGAACAACAAGGACCUGGCCUGCGCCGAUGCUCUCUAUACUCUCGGAAAGGACGCCCAGAAUCAUGAGGGCCCUGUCAAGGACGAGAUUGAUGUUCGUCGUGUUCUCGUCUUUGUCAACGAACGUGAGAAGACGGAGCAGCUGGCAGAAUAUCUCCGUGGUCAGGGCAUUCAAGCUACCGCCCUGCACCGUGACACUCCGGAGAAGCGUCCUGGGGAAAUCCUCGAGGUCUUCACCAUGGCUGAACCUCUUACAAUCAAGGCCCCGGAGAAGGUUGGCCGCUCCAGGAAGCUCAACAACGUCAAGGUCCUGGUUGUGACGGAUCUCGCUUCCAGAGGUAUUGACACCCUGGCCGUCCGGCACGUCAUUCUGUACGACGUUCCCCAUACGACCAUUGAUUUCAUUCACCGUCUCGGUCGUGCUGGGCGCAUGGGCCGACGUGGCCGGGGCAUCGUCCUUGCCGGCAAUGAUGACAGGAAGGAUGUUGUUGCUGAGGUGAAGAGGAGCAUGUUCAUGGGCCAGGCGCUCAUUUAA